CCGGUGAUGGCAGUUUCUUCUACCACGUUAUCAGUGCACUGGCCCAGAGAGUAGCUACCAGAAAGAAGAGACAGGAGCCUUACCAUGAGAUGGGAGAAUCACUGCACAGGUUACCAGACACCCCUCCUGUAACUGAAGCCCCCGCCUCUGUGCUCCACCUCAGCCAAUGACAGGCCUCACAUCCCCCAACCUGGAAGUGGAUAUAAGCACGUGUAAUCUUCAAGGGUGAAUUGUUAGUGAACAUGGAGGCUGCCCUGGAGGUUACAGCUAAAUAUUGCCGCAGUGAGCUGGAAGCGUAUGGCCAGUGUGUAACCAACAAACCAGGAACGUGGCAACAGGACUGCCAUAAGCUGAAAGUAGCAGUGGCCCAGUGUACUUCCUCGCAUCCCGUCAUACAGAAGAUCCGCACUCAGUGCCUUGAACCAUUUGCAGCUUUUGAGCAGUGCCUGAAACAGAACCAGACAGCGGUAGAAAACUGCUCUAAACAUGUGACUGAAUUCCUGCAGUGUGCAGAGAGUGUUAAAGUCGCUAAUUAGAGAAUGGAUGUCCCCCGUACAACACGGAAUUUGCGGCAAAGAAUCUCCUAAAUACAGUAAUCAUCCACCAUGGAGUACAGACCAACAGACCAGCAUCACUGUUACUAUGCAUCAUUUAAAAGGGAGAUAAACAUACAUCUGAAAUAUUUUUGCUAAAGGAAAGAUGUUUACCCUACUUCAUAACUAGUAGAACCGAGGUGAUUACAUGCCUGCAGUGCUAGAGACGACCUCUCCCACCCACAGACUAUUACCCUUUAGUGCUGGUUGCUGUCCAAUGGGGAUAAAGCUCAUGGUGCCAAUUUCUGUCAUGUAAAUUUUUCUGUUUCUCUUGUCCUUGAUAUGGCUUGAGAAAGUUGUUUCCUUCUGAAAUGUUGCCUGUGACUCUGCUUUUUAUUAUUGCAUGUUUAAAGGUUGGACUUUCACCUGCUUUUGGAA